CACAUCCAUUCUAGCAAAGUUUUGCUUUGACAACGCUUCACUGUUACUAUUAUGUACACCCAAAAGCUCAUCUUCUCUGUUCUCUGCUUUUUCCUCUUGUUCCUUCUCUCAGGGGAGGAACAAGUGGUAGAAGCACGUUUAACUCAUCACCACCACCACCACCACCACCACCACCACGACGAUCACCGUCUCUUUGAUUUUCGUCCAUCAAAGCUCUUUGUCUUUGGAGAUUCCUACGCUGACACCGGCAACAACAGGAAAUCCGAAGCUAACUCUUGGAAAUACCCUUAUGGAAUUACUUUUCCUGGAAAACCGGCUGGUCGUUUCUCAGAUGGCCGUGUCCUCACCGAUUACCUUGCUAAGUUCAUGGGUGUGAAGUCUCCAAUUCCAUACAGAUGGAGGAAACUCGGGGUCAAGUACUUGAAAUAUGGCAUGAACUUCGCUCAUGGAGGCACGGGUGUGUUCAAUACGUUGGUUGGGGACCCAAACAUGACCACCCAGAUUGAUUUUUUCCAAGAACUCAUCAAAACUAAUGUGUUUAACUCUUCAAACAUAGAAUCCUCUGUGGCACUCGUCACCCUCGCUGGUAAUGACUAUAGUGCCUACAAUUUCAGAAACGGGUCUACUCAGGGUUAUCCAUCCUUCAUUACCUCCGUGGUCAAUCAACUUAAAGUUAACUUGAAACGCAUUCAUGGCUUGGGAGUUAAGAAAAUAGCCGUGACAGCGUUAGAGCCUUUGGGAUGUCUACCUUCGAGCACAGCCACAUCCUCAUUCCAACGAUGCAAUGGAGCUGAAAACUCGCUUGUGAAUUUCCACAACCUUUUGUUGCAGCAAGCUGUGGCAAAGUUGAACAAAGAAACCAAAGCUUCUACUUUCGUCAUUCUUGAUCUUUAUGACUCGUUCAUGACCGUGUUCAAGAACAAAGGAGACCACCUAGGAAGUACAAAGUUUGAGAACCCACUGAAACCGUGUUGUGGUGGAAUAAGCAGUGAAUAUUCCUGUGGAAGUGAAGAUAAGAAUGGGACCAAGAAAUAUACAAUUUGUGACGACCCCAAAUCAGCAUUCUUUUGGGACUCAGCUCAUCCUACACAGGAAGGAUGGCGUGCUGUGUAUUUAGCUUUGCAAGCCACUCUUGAGCAACUUUAAUUACUAGGUACUUAACAAGAACAACAGGGUUUAAAAAUUGUUGUGGUGUAAUUUGUUUGUUUUGUAAUUUUCUAGUUUCUAUGCCUGUUUUUGCCUGUGAAGCCAUUUUUGUUCAGUUGUAACUUGUAAUAUGGUUUGGGGUUAGGUCAUAUGUGUGAAUGAAAUAAUAAAUCUUUUUUUUUUU